GAAAAAGAUUGGCAACAGGUAUUAGCUCAGGUGUCAAUCUUUAAAAAAAAAGAAAAAGAAUGCUGCUCCUGGCUCCUAGGGCCAUCAUUGCUGGCCACUUAUGGCUGAGCCAUACUGCUGGAGGCACUGUGGAAAACUUUUUCUCUCCACAUACCUUACAUCUUAGUGUGGGAAUUCUAAUUUCCUCGCAGGAACAUAUGCUUGGCUUGUCCAUGCUGUAGCAACCUAGUGGGAAAAGGGACUAUCUGCCCCCCUCCACCUUCUCUAAUGGGGUGUAAGGCUGUGCCUUCUUCUAUCUAGGAUAGCCACAAAAUAAGAAGGGUAUCUGGACACUGAGCGGCUAAAUGGUAAAUGUCCAUCAGAGAUCACUGGGCUCACUGAGUUCUAUCUGAGGAAUUUUUUGGAUCUCAUAUCUUGAGAAUUACAAUUGCUUUUUAAACAAUAGACAUUAUUUCUGAGGAGCAGCCUUCCCUGGGAGGGCCUUAGGCCUGCAUUUGGGCAGCUGGCAGGGCCUUCCCUCGCUGCUCACUCAAGCCUGUCAACAGGAGAUUCAGGCAAGGACAAGAUGUCAACCGUUCCAAUGUCUCUGGACCAUGAAGACUUCAUUUCUAAUGGUGAUGAUUUUCUGUUUCCAGUACUUUGGGUCCCAAAGUAAUUAAAGAUGUCUUUCUGAAGGGAAGGGAUUUACAAACCAAUAUACCUUGUCUUGAAAAGUCUGUGUAACUCUAUUAAAUAGCUACAGACACUUUCUAACUAAUGAAUAAAUGAAUCAUCAGUUCUUUUGAGGUGAAUCCACAUUUUGGUCUUUAAGAGAGAUGAGGAGAAAGUCACAUGAGGCAUGGUCUCCAGUUCUAUUAUUUUUACUUUCUUUGGGAAAGAAACAAAAUCAGAAAAUUAUAGAGAAAAUAUAUAAGGAAAAUAUAUGUAGAAAAAUAUAUAGAAAAUAUAUUGUCCUAUCUUAGAUAAGACAUUGCACCAGGGGUUAGAGAUAGAGUGGCAAAUACAAUAGGCAUUGUCCUUACCCUCAUGGAGUUUGCAAAUUUGAGUUCUGAGUGUGCUACCAAAGGGGAGCUACAGGUGCUGGGGAGCACACACAGGGGGACCUGACACAGACCGAGGGACCAGAAAGAUGUACCUGAAGAAGUGAUGUCUUAGGCUUGAAAUCUUCUUGUAUAAAGGAUAGCCAGGCCAGGGCAAAAGUGAAGCAGGAGAUCAGCCUGUCUGGUGGCCCAGAACCCAGGGAAAGCACACCGUGUGUGAGGUGAUUAGGAUAGAGAGGGAGACAGAAUUUGGGGAGAGGUGAGAUUAGCAAGAAAGGAGGCGCCUCAUGCACCUUCUAAGGCCUUAAAAGGGAAUGGAGAAGAAAGGAGAGAAGGAACUUGUGGAACUUGAAGAAAGAACUUGAAGAAGCCUUACCUUAGGGGAAGGGAAAAGUUUAAAGGUUUUGUUCCAAAUGUUUCCCUGAAAUGCUCAGAUAAAUUUUUUAAAGGUGUCUGUGCCAUCUGCGAUCCAACAUAUUGCCUCAGUUUUCCAGUUUAAAUGUUGUUUGAGAGACAAAACCAAACCAAAAAGCUUACAAGAGAAGGACUGAAGUAUGGAUCAGUGGAUAGGUAUCGUAAGGGGAGCACUUUUUUAUCAGAAGAACCUCUUUCUAUGCUGCAUAUCUGCUGUCCUUUUGGAAUGUCAGGACCCACUUACACAUCAGUAAUACAGUAAAAAAGAAAAUAUUCCCUUCCUCAGUCCCCAGGCCCAUGUUAUUAUUUUCUGCUCCAGAAGAAAUUAUCUUCAGGGAAUUUUUUCAUUGGAAACAUCCGCUGUUUUGUCCUGAGGGCCCUAAAAGACGAGACAAGCCACUGAGAAGGCCAAUACCACGGUCUGACUCUUCAGUUCGAACCGUAUUUACCAGGUUACAUGCAAAAUGCUGAGGUAUUAUCAAUCUAAUGGUGUAGCAUGAUAACAAGGAUAAUCAUCCAUUGUUUCCGAAUAGUACCUUCUGAUUUACAGAGCAAUUUUAUGUUUCAAUUCGCAAAGCAACCUUGAGAUAGGCAGGGAUGCACCAUUAUUAUAAUUGCCGUGGAGAAACCAAGCCACAGAGAAGUUAAAUAGUGCAUCCAAAGUGAUAAAAUUAAAUAUAAACCUGGAUGUUUAAUUUCUCUUUUCUUAUAUGUUUUUCCAGUUAUUUUCAUAUACUCUGUCAUAUGAACCAUAUCAAUAAAGAUAUGAAUCUUUAUUGCAAGAUACAAUAAAUAGCACAUUGCAACUGAGGUUAUUUCCUAAGAAUCCACAAGAUGGCAGUAAAAGAUCUUUGCAUAGAACUGGGUACCCCACAGUGGCCUGCUUGCUGAGGUUUUUUAUGUUGAUUGUAUUUGAUUACAGUAUUAAAACUUGUUAUCAUAAUGCUAGACGUUUAAAAUAUAAUUCAAGAAAUGAAAAGUGAACUAAAAUCUGAAAGUAGAAUUCAUGGCUUCAUUGCUUUUUUUUUUUUUUUUAAUAUUGUGAGAGUCCCAUGUUUACAAGUUUUGAACAAAGCACUAAUAAUCAGCUAUGAUCCCUAAGAGCCAAGGUUGCUGGAGAAAGUUCAAAAUGAGAAAUGCUGUUCGUUCCCGAACAUGGACUGAUCGAUGAUUCUCUUCCUUGAAGGAAAGAAAGUGAGGAGUCUGUGAGGGGCCAAUAGUUAAUCUUCCAUAUAAUUUAAUUGCUUGUUAUUUCUCUGUUCCAAAUCUACCCUGGAGGGAAGCUUUCUCCACGGACUGCUGGAAAUGAUGCUGUGAUACAAACUACAAACGCAUUUAUUGCCUCUGUCCUUCAUACUUUGUGUGCAACAUAAGCUGCACGAAACUAUGGCUAUUUUUUCAUGUAUUUUUAUCACUCUACUGACAUAUUUACGAUAGAAUUAAAGAGGCUACAUGUUUCUUUCGUUUCUUUGAUCUGCCCCCAUGUUCAGCAUACACAGACAUGAGUCAGAUGCCCUGGAAUUGCAAACAUCACAGAAAAACACAUUCUUUCUGUAUCUAACCUAAGUCUAACCUAAAAGUAAUUGUGUUCAUUAGCAUCUCCUUUGUGUGUAGUAGACAGUACUUAAGACUCAAAAAGAUGGCAGGGGUUUACAUCAAACAUAAAAAUAUUUAAAUUGAGCAUCAGUUAUUUCUCUCUGGUUUCAAAGUCCUUUGGGCACCCUCGCAUGCUGCCCAGAUUUCUCUCUUUCCCUCUUUUCUAAAAUCUCUUCUCUAAUCUCUUACUACCUUCAAGUUCAUGGUCAUUUUUUUAUGAAAAAGAGUACAACUAUCAUUUUUGCUUGCUCAUAAGAAACUGUCAUUUCACUUCAGGUGGCUCACCAUUGUGUUUUCUAAACUCACUUUCUUCCCUGAGGAAAAUUCUGAUUCAAGCUGUUAAAGUAAUUUAUCUUUCAUUCCUUUACUAACAUCUACUUAAAACUUUUAUUAGGAAAUAAGAGAUCCCACUCUGUUCGUUUAUCCACCCAUCUCUGUCUACAACAAACUUGAUAGGAGCUUUCAGUGCCCACAUUACCUUGCUGUACAGGAUGUAGUGAAUACUAAGCUAUAUAGCAUGUCCUCAAGCUGCUUGUAGUCUAGGAGAAGAAAUGAAUCGGUCCACACAGAGUUAUGCCAUAAGAAAAUUCCAGAGAGGCAAAGGAGUUCCUUAAAAAGAGGCAAACCCUGACCUGGUGAUCUGGGGAGGAUUCAUGGCCUACUAAUGGGAAGACCCUCCCAGAUCCUCCCCACAAGUCUAAGAUAAACUAUCUUUUCAUCAGACCACAAAGGAAGAGCAUGAUGUCCAAUGCAGAGGGGAAAAGCCAGGGUUGCUCAAGAAUUCUGAUCAGUCCAAGUCAACAACACAUGACAUAUAGGAGACUCAUCAGGGCCCUGAAUCCUAGGCUGAGCCAUCUGAGUACUCCACUCUGGUAGGAAAAGCAAAGAGUUCCCAGGUGCAGCCACUCAGUGCAACCUGAGCACAUGCCUGACCCCCUCACUUCUCUGUAAAGUGAAAGGAUGCAAUCUUAUGACUUCUAAAGUGCUUCCAGCUCCUACGUUCUAGGAAUGUAUGUGUUUGAGAGAACUUUGGAUGAUAAAAAGGAGGCACUGAAGGUUUUUUUAGCUAUUAAUCUAUGACUAAUAACUAAAGAUUUCCCUUUUAAUAAGUUUUAAAAAGAGAAAUAAUAUUGAAAGCAUGCAUUCAUACUUUGUCAGGGUCCAUUGGUUAUCAUUUAACCAUCAGCACAAAGUCUAAAUUCCUAAAAUAUAGCUUUUAACUUGUCCAACCUCAUCUCUAAAACUCCCUCCUUUGUCCAUUAUCUAAACAUGUUUAACAUUGUAUUCUCUCCUUCAAACACUGUCCCCAUCCCACUCCCUUCUCCUGAAUAAUUCUUCUAUUCACCCUUCAGAUAGCAGAUUACUUGUUAUACUCUCUGAAUGCCUUCUCUUACAGAGUCCCACGCCACCCUCCCAACACCCGCAGAAAUGCCUCCAGGUUAGGUAUCCCUCUUAAUGCACUUAUGUACACAGUACUUUAUCACAACAACAUUUACCAUGCUAAUUUGUAAUGACAUAUUUAAUACUCCAUUUUCCUUACUAGAUUGUAAGCCAGAACAAUGUCUGUCUUGUUUGCCUGACACAUGAUAGAUAUCCUAUAAAUAUUUAAUGAGUGAAUAAAUAAAAUUAGAUUAUUAUUUUAAGUCAGUAGAUUCCGAGGGAAGACCUAGUAAAAUAACGCAUUACAGUAUACGUCCGUAUUGUGCAGGGCGCAGCGUUAGGUACGGUCCCUGUAGGUUGACUCUUGAAGGGUUACCAACUGACAGGCAUGUGUGUAACCUAACAGUAUUUGAAGAAUGUUUGUAAGACUUUGCCUAACAUCUCAAAAAUAAAAAUGUAAAAAAUGUAGUUACCAUGUCUUCUGUAUAACAACCUCUAGAGGGCAAUGAAAGCAAACUUUGAACAUCUUUUGAGUGGAACAAAAGAAUUGUAAAAUUUUUUUCUGAUUAAAAUCUGGAUAGAUGAUCUUGUAUUCAGGAUAGUAAUAGGACCUGUAGGCUGUAGUUUCUGUGAUUACGGGUUUAGCAGUUAUAAUUACCUCUCCAGUGUGGUAUUAAAACCUCAAUUAUCUGUAAUAAUAACAUCACCUUACAUUUUGUACAUUAUCUCAUUUGAACCUCCCACAAUACUAGCAGGGAAUAUAUUCUUUUCCCAUUUUCCAAUGAAAAGCUGAGGUUCACAGGCGUUAAGCUAGUAAGUAGCCAUAAGAAAGCAAACUACCAGCACAAACCCCGUAUGUACUUAUUGACUGCUUACAUUUAACAAGCAUACAAAAUCCCUUGCUAUGGGGCAGCCAUAGAGUGGGCGCUGUUGGAGGGGAUUUCCUUCGCCUGCCUGGGGAUGGCUCUAUGUCCCCUGUAGGCAGUGGGCAUCCUGCUCGGGCUCGGCUGGCCUUUUGUCCCGGUCUUUGAGAUGGCGACCGCCAAGCAGGAGCUUAUGAGGAAUUUCACUUCUGAGGAGAUCAUUCAUCACUAUAAGAUCUCCGUUGUAGGAACUGGAUCGGUUGGCAUUACCUGUGCUGUAACCGUUUUAUUAGAAGGCUUCAGUGAUGAACUUGCCUUUGUGGAUGUUGAUGAAGGCAAACUGAAGGGUGAGACAAUAGACCUCAAACAUGGCAGUCCUUUCAUGAAAAUGCCAAAUAUCGUUUCCAGCAAAGAUUACUUUGUCACUGCAAACUCCAAUUUAGUGAUUAUCACAGCAGAUGCAUCCCAGGAAAAAGGAGAAACAGGGCUUAAUUUAGUACAGCAAAAUGUGGCCAUCUUAAAAUUAAUGAUUUUCAAUAUUAACCAAUACAGUCCCCUAUGCAAACUGAUUAUUCUUUGCAAUCCAGUGGAUAUUUAUGUAGCCUGGAAAUUGAGUGUAUUUCCCAAAAACUGUGUUAUUGGAAGUGGCUAUAAUCUAAACACUGCCUGUUUCCGUUUCUUGAUUGGGCAAAAGCUUGGUAUCCACUCUGAAAGCUGUCAUGGGUGCAUCCUUGGAGAGCAUGGAGACUCAAGUAUCCCUGUGUGGAGUGGAGUUAAUAUUGCUGGUGUCCCUCUGAAGGAUCUGAACUUGGAUAUAGGAACUGAUAAGGAUCCUGAGCAGUGGAAAACUAUCCACAAAGAAAUGAUUACCAGUGCCUAUGAGAUUAUUAAAAUGCAAGGCCAUCCUUCUUGGGCCGUUGACCUAUCUGUAGCUAAUUUAACACAAAGUAUUUUGAAGAAUCUUGGAAGAGUGCAUCUAGCUUCCACCAUAAUUGAGGACCUGUAUGGAAUAAAUGAAGAAAUAAUCUUCAGUGUUCUUUGUAUCCUGGGAGAGAAUAGUAUUACAGACUUUAUAAAGGUAAGGCUAAACCCUGAAGGGGAGGCCUGUUUAAAAAAGAGUGCAGAAACGCUUAGGGAAAUUCAGAAGGAGCUCAAGCUUUCAAGUUGUUUAAAGUUACCAUUUGGAAGUUAGUGAAGAAAAGAUAGUAGUUAUGGGACUGUAUAUGUUAAACUCUUGAAUAAACUUGAAACCCUAAAAGUUGGAAACAGGAAAGUAGGUAGGGUGACUCCACUGGUUGUUUAGCCCUCCAGCUCCUUUAUUUAGCAUCCAGAUGCUGGAUGAUACUUAUUUUUUACAAUUUCUGACUGACUGCAUCAAAGAAGGUGUUUUUGGUAGCUCUAAUGCAGCAGUACUUGUCUUCUAUAUAUGUAUGGUUGCCAUUUCAUGUGAAAGAAUGUAUGAUGUGGGCGUUUAUUGCGUUAUUGAAAUUCUUACUCUAAGCUGCCAAAAAAUUUUUUUUAAUCUGAUUCUUUAAGUACGUACUAAUUAUUUUGUUCUGGCUGGCUUAGACCUAUGUUCAUUUAUAUGCUAUAAAAAAAAUUGUAACUACCUCUAUAAUGAGAAAAUAAAAGUAUAUACACACAGAAAACUAAAAGUGGAUCUGGAUCCUGACUCUGGACUUAAAAUUGUAAACUUGGGCACUUUACUUCUCAGUGCCUCAAUUUCCUCACUGAUAAAAUUAUGACUGUGUCCACUUAUUAGGGCUGUUAGGGGACAGAAUCAAAAUAAUGCAUGUAUGUUUAGUGUGACAUUUGGCACAUGGAAGGAUUUGAUAAAUGCAGGCUGGUUUUUUUUGUUUUGUUGUUAAAGCAUUUGCAAGGCCUUUUUGCAGACAUGAAUGUAGACUUGUUUGUGUUGCCCCAGAAAAUGUAUCAGAACCAAAAGAGGCACCAGCUACAAAAGCAAGAGUUUGUGAAUCUGACAGGUUUGGUUUCGAAUCCUGUUUCUAUCACAUAAUGCCUCAGUGAUCUUGAACAAGCCUCACUGAGUCUCCUUUUUCUCCUGUUACUGAGCAUUGACUGCGCUGUUCACCGUGCUAAGUACAGCGGGUAGGGUGAUAGGGUUUUGUUUCGCUCCAUUGUAGUUACUCAAGCAGAGGCCAGCUGACCAUCCACAGGGAUUUAGGGGGCUUUGGAGAAAGUAUUCCUGCAAAGGAUGGAAUUUUUUAUUAAAUCUCAAAGGUUCCUAUUGAGAGUAUUUGUUUCUACUCUUGAAAAAUUUGGAAAUAAAAUUUGUUCUCACAUUCUAGUUGUGUUUAUCUGGUGCAUCAAAAGUUGGUCCUCAAGUGGACUUUCAUUCAGAAUUAUUUCCCGUGGAAUAGAAUUUGGCCUUUGAGGUUGACUAGAUUACUUUAUUUCCCAAAGAGAGAAAAGAAGGAAAAAUGGUGGCUUUGGAACCAAAGAGAGGUUUGAACCCUUUUCUACUGCUAACUAGCUGUGAGACCUUUAGACAAGUUCUUAGCCUCCUUGAACUGUCUUCUUAUCUAUCAAGUACAGCUGACUCCUUCCUCAAAGGAUUGUUGUGGGGCUUAAAUGUGCCAGUGUGUAUAGGACACCCACCAUGGUCCCUGACACAAAGUAGGUAGUAGGUGGUCCUGCCUUCUUUGGCAGUGCCACAGCGCUCUCAAUGUUUGCAGCUCUGUGAGCAAGCCUCAAACUCGAAAAGCAGUAGGCACUGGCCUUCUGGUGACAGUCUCAUCUCCUCAACCCAGUGACAUUGCUCCUGCCAGGUGAAAGCUGACCCCUGGCACAUUUUCUAUACUUUUGGUCUGUGAACUCACCCUCCUCACACUCAGUGUGUACCUAGGAUUCUAGUGUCCUCAUGCUCUUUCUGUCCUCACUCACUGAAGGCCUAUUUCUUGAAAGAAAUCAGAUGCAGCAGUCCACACUGAGGUUGAGUGUGAGGAAAAAGGCAAAGUAUUGUUGCAACUAUAUCAAGAUUUUAAUACUAUAACAAGCUUAAAACCGAAGCAAUGAAUCUCAAAUGGUAGAAUUAUAGGAUUCCCAAUAGCCCAUAGGAGGAAAGAAUUGCAGAAACAAUGGAGUGGAGUUCUUCAUAGCAUGAGUGCAUUUUUACAUUUCAGAGGUGACUGCGUAAUGCUGUGAUAUCCCUGUUGGCAAAACCAAGUCUUGUUUUUAUUGAUUCCAGUACAUGUCACAGCCUCUGGCAAAUUGUAGGCAUUCAAUAAAUGUAGACUAGAUGGUCUUGAGGCCAUGUCAGAUGUACAGAUAUGUUUCUUAGCACACCCUUUACUGCUAAACACAGACACACACCAUUUACAAACCACAUAGAAGAAGGGAGUUGAAAGAAAUAGAAAUACUUUUCUUUGUUUUAGUGUUGAGGAUGGAGGAGAUAAAUGCUCUGUACUUACUAGGAAGACUUUCAUAGAAGAAGUAGGAUUUGAAUAGGGCUUCCCAAGGCAAAGGUGGUAGUGUGAUAUGUGAUUAUCAAGAAGACAGUGUAUUCCCAGCCCAGGAGACAGCACAGAUGGAAGUUCAAAAGCUACUAGUAAAGGAUGCUGAUGACAACACUAGAAGUACUUUGAAUAGCUGGUUUUGGAAAACUGUACUCUAACGUACAUUUUCCUGUCUUCGUUUUAGUUACCUUUGAACAUUUUAAACACUUCUUCUCCCACAUACCCUCUCACACUUCUCCUACGCACUCCCAAUCCUCCGUCUCUCCCACAUUUAUAGCCAAAAAAAAAAAAAAAAUGGGUCUCUCUCUUUCUCUCUGUUAUGCUAAUUUUCUCUAAUCUUUUGCUUAGUAAUGUGUCACAGUCAGAACGAGUUUCAGCUCAUUAGUUAACAAUCUUAGUCCUUCUCUUAAAAUAGUCAAAGAUUUGCUUUUUUCUUUAAUAGUCAAUAAUAAAUAUGGAUUUUAAUGUCCCUUCUCUCAUUGCCUGAGGCUGAAAUUUUCACAAUAUCAAACUAAAAUUUGAACCUUCUGAAACUACUCUGGAAAAAAGAACUAGGCAGAUUUAUUUUACCAUUUCUUCCUUAAUCUAAAAAGCAAAUGACAUGAAUUUUACUCAUUAAGCAUUUUUUAACCAAGAAAUAAUCCCCCCAAAAUUAUUUUUUAAAUUUUACAUGCCAUUCACAUUAAAAAGUACAAAAUUGAAAUUUCCUUUUAGUGGUAUCAAUGGUGGUCUUAGGUUGAACCAUAUGAAAUUGCCACUUUGGUACGUCAACUCAAAUAUUGGCUAUUUUGUAUGGUUCAAACUAAUAUGGAUUCAUAUCUAGUGCUCAUAGAAUCCUCAUAGAUGUCUCAGUCCUAGAACUCUUGAAUAGAGAUUACAGCCAUUUUCCAACUUCCUACAAUAACAGCAACAGCCACCAUGCGUUGAGUAGGUUUUUAUAUGCAUCAUCUUAUUCAGUCUUCAAUAUAACUUUCCAACUCUUUUGAAGUAGAUAUUGCUAUCAUCACCUCUUAGAUUUGAAAAUGGAGUCUCGGAGCAGGUAACUUGCCCAGGAUCACACAGUGGAUGAGAGGCAGUGCCAAAAUUCCAAAGCUGAAUCUGCUGGACAGAAACCCACAUUCUUUCUCUUCUAUUACAAUGCCCCCACUGGCUAAAAAAAAAAGAAAGAAAGAAAGAGAAAAAGAGAAACAAUUCUCCAAAAUGAAAUACCGAUUAUUAUCAGCACUUAGUAGUAUGGAUAUGUAUUGAGUUCUUUGCGUAGAAACUUUGACUUUCUACAGCUAGGCCUUUGAGAUGAAAUACUAUAACGCAGGAGAUCCUCUUGUAGACUCUAAGCUCCUCAAGAACAGAGGCUGUGUCUAAAUAAUCUUGGCAUCCUUGGGACAUGGCAUAGGACCUAAGACAUAGUAAGUCCUAAAUAAAUGCUUCUAGAAUGAAUGUUUGAAUGAGUAAAUAAACGAAUGACUUUUACAAUGGAGGGAGGCAGAAUAGGUAUAUAGCUCUUUGCAGACUUAAAUAUCUGACAGUAUGUAUGUAUUUUUUAACCACAUAAUUGGAUCACAGAAUCAUAACUCUGAUGAGACCUCAUAGACUCCCUUGCACAAUAUGUAUUUGUUUGUUUGUCUAAUAAAUAAACUAAAGCACAAAAUUCCAAAGCUAAUUAGUGACAAAAGCUAGAGCCACAUCCACAAAACAUGUUUGAAACUAUGCCUAUCCCUGGAUUUUGCCACCUUUUGGAACAUAAAAGUGCUAAUAUAAAAGAAUGAAUUAUCUUAAUUUCUUUAUAUUUUGAUACCUAGGAGAUAUAUAUAUAUAUAUAUGCAUGUGAAUAUACAUAUACACACAUAUAGAUAAUUGCAGAACAAUUUACUUUCUUUAAGGAAAUAUUAAAGUUAAUUGUUUUUAUUACACCCAGCAAUUGAUAAAGAUCAACAUUAGCCUGGAAUUCCUAGAUGGCAGAAAGCCAAAUACAAGAUUUUUGCUUUCAGAAUCCCACCCAUUUACUAAUCCUUAGGUGGAUUAGUGCUCCAGAAAGCAAACUUACAUGGCCAGACAUGCACAAGCCAGCAAAGAAGAAAAAAAUGAAUUUUGAUACAUACAACAGAUACUUUUGCAUAUGUUAUACAGAAAAACACAUUGUACGAUUACACAUGCUUUUUCUUAGUAAUUUAUGCCUUUUAUGCACAUUUAUUUUGUCUCCUACUCAUUGAAAAAGUCACAUCUAUGUUUUUCCUGGUUUACCUGACUCUUUCAUUAUAACUGAGAGAAGCAAUAUUUAGAACUGAUGCAUUCUCUGCAAAUGAGUGGUUUGCAUACGUAAUCAUCUAUUAUCUAAUAUAAUAUUCAUGAUUCUCAAUCAGUCAUUUCACGUCUCCAAUGUGAUUUUUCCCUUAAGUGCUUCUACAACCCCAUAUUUUGUAUCUGAGUUACAUACUAGAAUUAUAUCAAUGCAAUGAUGUUCUCAUCCUUUUAAGGGGGAAUGCAUUGUUGGCAAAGGAUGGGUAAGAAAUGGAGGUUACCAGAAAGGUGCUAUAAACCUUGAGCUAUGCAUAUACCCAAAUGCCCAAAGUUAAGCUGUCGUUGACUGACUGGUACUAUGAAAGGCACAAGGGAUAGAAGUGGAGUCAAACUUGGAGUCUAGAACAUUCAGCUUAUGCUGCCAAUGUUAAGAAGGAACUUGAGUAUAGAAGCAAAGAAUAUCCAGUAAGGAAAGGAUAGUCUCUUCAAUCAAUGGUGUUGAGAAAAUUGGUUAGCCACAUGCAAAAGAAUGAAAGUU